AGUAAAGAUGAAAGUCAACUGUCAAAUCAUUAUAUUAAAGUCAACAUAGAAUUAAGAAUAUAAUAUUUAAAUAAAAUCAAAGUAGUGAAUUAAAUAAAUUACAUAUUACUACGUAGGGAAUUCUUAUAUAAUAAUGUAAAAUGUCCUUAGAGCAAACAGCUUGUGAUGACCUGAAAGCUUUUGAACGCCGCUUGACUGAAGUCAUAGCAUGUCUUCAACCAGCUACUAUGAGAUGGAGAAUUCUCCUAGCAGUGGUGUCUGUGUGCACAGCUAUAGCUGCAUGGCACUGGCUGACUGACCCACUCACACCAGUAGUGUCCUUGACACAAUCACUUUGGAAUCAUCCAUUCUUUGCUUUAACUUCUACAUUUUUAGUAUUAUUGUUCAUGAUGGGAGUCCACAGAAGAGUAAUAGCACCUAGUAUAAUCACAGCACGAACACGGUCAGUGCUGAACGACUUUAACAUGUCAUGUGAUGAAACCGGAAAACUUAUCCUCAAACCAAGGCCAGCUAAUAAUUAAUUUUAUAUAGUGUCAAUUUAAUGGUUUAAUUUAUAAAUAAAACAAAAUACAAGGGA